ACGGGUAGACCGCUAACAGCCAAUCACAUCAGUGUUGUCAACACGUUGUUAGGAGGCCGCUGGUGGAGUCUGGUUUAAAAAAACAAGUGGAUGGAACAUUUGCUUGUUGUUCCCUUCUCAUCUGGAUAAAUGUGAUUUAAACGCGUUAUUUAGAAGAAGAAAAAAAUGUCCCCCGUAGACCGACUGGACGUUUUGCGGCACCGUAACAAAGAUUUAUUGAACCGAUUGAAGCAGCAGCGAGAGGAGCUCGAGCGGCUCGGCGGCUGCAGUCGGAGCCGCAAGAGAGGGAGAGAAGACGAGGCGGAGGACAGGCGGGAGCCAGCAGGUGUCCUCACCGGUGGACACCGAGGUGCCGCCCUCGCCAGACCUACUGUAAGAUUUGCAGAUACAUGUGCGAGACAAACAGGAGCCAGCCAUGAUUCAACACCUGCUUUGAGCUCCACAUGCAGAAGAGGCACUGCUGACCAUGCAGCCCCAUCCGGCCUUUCCAGAGACCGCGACAGACAUCCCUUCACACACAGCAGGCUGCAGCGAGUGGAUCCAUCAGCCACCAAGUCCUGUCUAGUAAAUCACAGCAAAGAACAGAUGGGACUGAAGGAGCCAGGACACUCUGCUCAGAGCGAGGUUUGCAGUCGAGUCACAUUUCUGCCUGAUGAAUGUGAAGGGACAUCCGCCUCAGACCGGCAUCGCUUGCAGCCAUUACUCGGAUACGACUGGAUAGCAGGAGUCCUGGAUGCUGAGGACUCCUUGAUAGAGCGCUCUGAUGAGUUCUUCAAUGACCUGCACACGUUUCGAUCGCUCAAUAAAGACAAGUGUGUCCACAGCAAACAAGCGGAAUUUCCUGAAGAGAACCAUUCACUCCUGCCGCUGCUCUCAGACAAGAACCAUCCAGAGGCUAACAAGCAUACUCACCAAUGUACGUUUUCUUACAGGAUUAACAGCAGACUGUUUCCUGUCCCACUUCACGCUAAGGAGUGCUGCCCGGUGUGCAAAGAGCACAAAUCAUCCCAUCCUCACACGAGCGCUGAGCCGGCUCUCAUCAGGGUCAGCAUCCCUCGCUCGACCCUCUUGCCACCAUACAAGUACAAAGCCCAUCGACGAUGCAGUUUUGACCCCUCUGAUAGUUUGGGGUUACCAUCGCACUGUCUCUCAGGCUGGUCCAACACAGGUCAGAGCACCCUGCCGCCGCCCAGCAGCCUCGAUCUGCGCAGCAGUCUGCAUACAAAGAGCUCCACAGAGUCGCAAGACAAGGAACUGGAGGAACUCAAUGCACCCAAAGUGUCUGGUAAAAUCGCCGACCAGAUCCCUGAGGUGUCCCGUUUGGCUCGUCACAACUUCCAACACUUUUCUUCCAAAAGAAAACGAGGAACCAUGUUUUACCCUUUGCACUGACAAGAAAAGUGAUGAUAGUGGCUCCUGAGACAUUUUUUUGUGCUCAUGUUUUAGUCCGUGUAAUGUGCUGUUUUUUUAUCAGAAUAUUUUCUGUAAUAUCUGUUAAAUUACUAUGUUACAAUUAGAUUUCCUACAUAAAACAAUUAAACAGUGAUCCCGAAGGAGAACCCACUGCCAUUUGUGCCUAAUCAUAAAUAUAUUCCUUUCAAACAUGA